AUGGUGAUCGCUGGCGCCCCUACGCCGCCUCCUCCCCCCACGCGGAGGUCCUUCGAGCUCACCACCAUCGUGUCGGGAAGCCGCCGCGUCGGAUCGAGCAAUGGCUGGCUCGCGCUCUCCGUCGUCGGCUCCAUCGACGAGACCGUGUUCGUGCUCCUCAACCCCAUCGCCGCCGUGGAGAUCAUCCUCCCACCACUGAUCUACAAACACGAGGAUGAGAGCCGCCGCGACUGGGUUUCCAAGUUAGUCUUCACCCCAUGCCCCGCCAAGGACAACUUCGCCGCAGCCGCAAUCUGCGACAUCGACAUGAUUGCGUACGUCACCGCCGGUGCCAAGAGGUGGGCCGUCAUGGACCCCGUCCGCCUCACCAGCGAGGUCGGGGACCAGCUCACCGACGUCGUCUACACUGACAAAGGUAAGGUCUACUGCCUCGCCAAGUGCGGGGACGAGCAUGUGCUCCGUCUCCCUGAGCGUUGGCAGCCUGAGCGUCGGCGCCGGAAGCCUGCCAACGCUGAUGAGGCAGGACCCUCGGAGCCAGAGUUCUCUGUUCUCCACCCGCCAUCACCGUCUUCGCCGCCACCACUGUCGCCUUCGCCGCCACGACCGUCGCCGCCGCAGGCUGCUGAAGCUGAACACACAAUUAUUGCCCACCCACUGUCACCCUUGAGGAUAGUGGCACUCCCGUAUGAGGGAGUUCCACCUGAAUCGCAAGGAACACAUCUGAAUACGCCGGCCACUAUCAAGCCCCUGCUGCCGUUGUUCGACCCUGCCACCCUGCCUGCAGGGGGUCAGCGCCGCGUCGCAGAAAAUGAGAUACUGGUGCUGAGGUACUAUCCUCGGCGUCGGCGUCGGCCUUGCUGGGAUGCGGUGAAGGACCUAGGAGGUUACUCACUCUUUGUGGGAAGGAACAAUGCAGUGUCGAUGUAUGCAGAGGGUGUGCCGGGACUGAGGGGCAACUGUGUGUACUGGAUCGGCGGCAUGGUCUUUGACCUGGAAUCUGGGAGGUCCACGCCGUGCGGGGUUCCUCAGCCUGGCUUUUUACCUGGUGGUCAUCCGUAUAGCACAAUCUGCUGGUACUCCAUGAGCGAUGUAAUGAGCAUCAACAACAGCUACAAUACCAGCAGCACUGGAUGA